AUGCCACUACCCGCCGAUCAUUUGAAAAACUCCCCGUCGCGUUCCUCCAGCAAAUCCCAGAAUCCAGUUCAGAGCGUCCUCUCCAUGCCGCCCAAAUUCUUACAUAUGUAUGGCGACUUCAUUACCAAAAAUGCCCACCAGGUCUCCCAAAUCGAAAGUGCCUUGCGCUCUCUGACUUACAUAAUCCCCGGCCGUUUCCGCGACGCUGAAAUCGCCUCAGAGACUUUACACUCUGGUGUCCAACUGCUAUCCCUCUAUCACGAUGCCGUUCUCCGUGGAGCCAUCUCGAAGAUACCCGCUCUGGCCUCCAAAAUACCCAAUCCACACUCGCGUUAUACCAGGUUUUGGACAGCUAAGAGUAUGGUAUAUCGGAGAAUAGCCUUGUUGCUGCAGAUUGUGCAGUACACAGAAUUACUAUGGGAAAUGGCGGCCAAACGAAAGGGGGAGAAGAUUCGCUGGCGUGUAGUCAUAUUAUUAGAGGCCAUAAAAGCAAUUUGCCGCUUCUUGUUAUUGCGAGUCACCAACUCCAGACCUCUUGUUACACCACCACUACCCGAACGAGAACCGCUCCCCCCAGAUGCUGAACAAGACGAUAACGAUGCUCUCAAGGAGUUGAUGGGCGAGGACACAUACUCAAACGGGAGUUCCAACAAAGCUGCUCACGAGAAAGAAUGGGCAAUGCCACGAAUUGGGACAAGCUUUCCAAGCUUGCCUAACCCCAGCGAUAUCAGCUCUUACUUGAUGGGCCGAGUUCUGACAGCAGACGAUAUCAAGCCCGCAGCAAAGCUGCUGAACACGCUCUCUCGUUCCGGGCAGACAGCUGAGAUCUUGCACAUCCUUUCGCCCCUAGCAUAUGCCAUUGCUUUAUCGAGGACUAAGGAUAAGAGGUCUUGGGCACCAUGGCUUAUUGGCUUCAGCAUGGAGUAUGCAGCACGACAAUUGCGUGACCGAGGCUUACGCAGCACAGCUUUAGAGAACGAAGAAUGGGGCAAACGCUAUUGGGCAGCAGGCUGGUGGACCAUGAGAGGUGCUUUCUACGAAAACCUCACCAAGGGUCUCAUUACUGGAGUACGCCGUCGUAUGCCUAGCCUUGUCUCCGGCAUAAUGGAGGAUUACGAAUACCUGUGGGAUAAUUAUUACUUCAGUACUAGCGCUUGA